AUGCAGGGAGCCGUCUUCGGCCGCAAAUCGAAUACUCAGAGCAAUGCAGAUCGAGACGUCACGCCUAUUUCACACCUUAGGGAUCCGGCCUCCUUCGCCCCACCCCCGAAGCGAACAGGUGCCGGCGUGCUUCCGCCCCCAGGAAUUUCCUCGACAACCGCUAGGCCAGGCUCUUCGUACGCAGGUCAGGAACAGGAAGUAGAGGAGCCGCCCGCACCACCAAGGCCCUACCGGGUCGACACAAGCGGCCUGUCUACGGCUCAUCUUCCUCCGCCGCCCGGCCGGAGAGACGGAGCCGAUGGGAGGGACCCAGCCGUCAGUCCUCCGCCGCCGCCGUACUCAGCGUCCGCAAAGCCACCGCCGCCGAGCCUGCCUCCUCGGCUACCUCCUCGAAAUAACAGUGCAUCCCCAGGACACUCUUCCGGCGCGUCACCUGGGCUUCCAGCCCCUGCGGCCCCGAGCCGCCAGACUGGCUUUCUGAACCAAGGUGCCGUCGAUCGGCUGGGCACGGCCGGAAUUUCUGUACCAGGGCUCGGGAUCGGCGGCGGAAACAAGCAGGUCCUGCCUCCACCACCGCCCUCACGGUCCGGCGCAAAUAGCCCGGCCCCACCACCGGCAUCAGGAUCGGGGACGGUGAACGAGCUACAGUCACGCUUCUCCAAGUUUGGAGGCUUUGGUGGCGGCUCAUCGCCGUCCCCACCACCGGCCCAGGGAGCACCGGCCCAGGGCACAACAUGGGCACAGAAACAAGCUGCUCUCAAAACCAUGACAGAUUUUAAGAAGAACCCGAGCUCCGUGUCAUUAUCCGAUGCAAAGUCGGCAGCCUCCACCGCAAACAACUUCCGACAGCGGCACGGCGAACAAGUUGCGUCCGGGGUCAAGACGGCGAAUAGCCUCGAUCAGAAGUAUGGUGUAUCUGGCAAGGUAGGCGGGUACUUGGGGAAUGCGGGUGGUAGCAGCGGGACAGAGCCCGGCAGGACGCCCUCGCCCGCACAGUCGCAUCUCAGCACUAUAAGCAACGCCGCUGGGCUGUUGGGCAAGAAGAAGCCGCCGCCGCCUCCGCCCCCUAAGAAGAAGCCGGAGCUGGGUGGCAACCCUGUCGACGCGGCGGACGAAGAUGCGCCCCCUCCGGUGCCCAUGUCGACACGACCGUUCUAG